AAUCUAAGAACGCGAUUUUAGAGAUACAUCUUGCGAGAACAAGUCGCUUUAAUCACGGUUUCUACCUUGAAUGUGAGACAAAUUUAAACUCAUUACAGUGUAUGUUGGUCACCAAUGUUACAGCAUCACGUUCAUGAAUUUACCUUCUUUUCCUUUCGUGCUGGGAGCUCGGAGGACAAGUUCAACCACUUGAAGUUACUGUGGCAAUACCAUGGAAACAUGCAAAUAAUUCAAUGGUUCAUUUUCUCCAUUGACAUUGCAUUGACGUAGUGUACACAACAUCGUGUUAUCGCAGCAUACGUGUGCACACAACACGCGCGCUGGCACAAGUUUCCCCACACGGAAUGCAGUACGAAUAAGAAUCAAGAUAAUCUUUUUUCCGGAACAAUUCGUAGAUAAACUGUAAAUGCCCUUACAUUUACAAUAAGGACUUUGGAUGGAGUUGAUGCCUUGUGACUUCAGUGUCUACUUUGCAGGGGACUGUUGCACGAUCAUGCGGCAAUUUUAACCAAUUCUUUUUCCUCGAACGAUGUAGCAUCUCACAUUACGACAUCCUUCCCAUCAGUAUCUCAAUCACCAUCGCCCACGGGUCGCCGCUAGAAAAAUGCAAAACGUCAUGCCAAGGAAUCUCAAUCUGAGGAGUUGAUGGGACCAGCGCGCGCGACGUGGAGCUGAGCGUUAUGUCGUCCACCGACAAGAGGGGUCGCCAUACUAGUGUGGAGGCGCCGUCGACCGUGUCCACCGUCACCAACAACAGCGAGCGGUCGUUGCCAAACGACAACACGGGCGAGGACGGCACGGCGCAGCCCGUCCGGCGAUUAACGGCGUAUGAGAAACUCACGGAAGAUCUGAACAAUGACCCCCGAGCACUCAAGGAGAUUACGCUGGGGAAGCGCAUCGCCUUUUACCGGAUACGAGGGGAGCUUGGGAGCGGCAACUUCUCUCAGGUUAAGAUGGGCAUACAUGCAUUGACAAAAGAGAAAGUAGCCAUCAAGAUUCUGGACAAGACCAAGCUGGACCAGAAGACCCAGCGCCUCCUGUCGCGGGAGAUCUCCUGCAUGGAGAAGCUGCACCACCCCAACAUCAUCCGUCUGUACGAGGUGAUUGAGACCCUGGCCAAGCUGCAUCUGGUCAUGGAGUAUGCCGCCGGCGGCGAACUCUUCACCAAGAUCUCCAACGAGGGCAAGCUGAGCGAGGCGGAGUGCAAACCAAUCUAUGCUCAGGUGGUGGCCGCAGUCCAUCAUAUGCACACAAGAAACAUUAUUCACCGUGACUUGAAAGCUGAGAAUGUCUUCUACGCUGCCAACGGACUUGUCAAAGUAGGAGACUUUGGUUUCAGCACGACCUUCAAGCAGGGAGAAAUGCUGAAUACGUUUUGCGGAUCGCCACCGUACGCAGCCCCGGAACUGUUCAAGGAUGAGCAUUAUGUGGGACCCCCGGUGGAUAUAUGGGCCAUCGGGAUCAUGCUUUACUUCAUGGUGGCCGGGGUGAUGCCGUUCCGGGCCGACACCGUUGCCAAACUCAAAAAGUGCAUUCUGGACGGUCAGUUCACGAUACCCUCGUUCGUCUCCAGCUCCUGCCAGGCGUUGAUACGCAGCGCCCUCAAGCACAAUUCCACGGAGCGCAUCACGAUAGACGGGAUCAAGAACGCGGCGUGGCUGCGCGGACAGGACUUUCCCGCGGCCCACCAUUCGUGCCACCUGACGCCGUGCUUUGACUACCAGACGGCGACGGCGGAGGAGAAGGAGGUCCUGUCGCAGCUGUUGCAUCUCGGCGUCACCGAGGAACACUUGGCGUCCACGCGGGACCGGGAUGCGCGGAGCAGCAUCACGGGAACCUACCGCAUCAUGCUACACCGAAUACAGAAGAAACACAUUGAACCACCCAUCAUCACCACGCAAGCGUCUAACGGACAGAAUCCGCCCACCAAGAAACGGAGCAAGGACAGUAGAAGGAUGAAAAACAAGCCCUCCAAGCUAUGUACAAUAUUGUAGUAUUUAUCUUCAUUCUUUUUAUAGGUCUGAUGUGUGUGAAACUAAUAGUGUAUACUAUCAAAAGAAAUCUAGGUUUAAAGCACAAAGACUACAUGUACGUGCCCCUAUCCCUCCCCAUACACUACCAUCGUCUACAUGUAGUCGUGAUGCUGUCUUAGAAAGCUUUACGUAAUCAUUGCCAGCUUUUGAAAUUUGAGGCAUGGUCCCCAUCUUCACACAACAUCGAUGUAAAUUACACAUCACAGUUGUCAACCAUGAUUAUUACUCAACAUCAGACAGGGUUUAGGGAAUAGGAAUUUGUCGGGGAACAAAACAACACUAUUCCCGGUCCUUUGUAUCGAAGAGAAUUUCAGCAUUUGCUGCUAAUUAUAAUCGUCAGUUUUGUGUGCACACCUGAACCAAUGACUCAGGUUAAGAUCCGUAAAGUUAAUGUUUUGUAUUGUCUCAUUGGAUCUGUAUUAUCCUCAUAACUACCUGCACAGUUAAGGUUGCAUUUUGAAAAUGUAUUUUCUGAAAAAAGAUACGUUGAAGGAAAAUUUUUCAGCUGUGACUUUCAUAUGAUGACCGAGUGUUGUACAGUGGAACACUGAUGCAGUUUCUUGUAUUGAAAAAGUCUCUCAAAGCUGUCAUUCGCAAAGCUGUCAUUCGCAGAACUGGCCUACCUCAAACCUUUCUGUGAUUUCUUGAAAACAGGCAACCAGGGUUAAUAUCAUUGAGCUUUUGAUGUAUAGAAAUAACAAUACCGAAUGCUGAAGCAAUUUGCAUUUCUGGCAAAAACAGGGCAUCAGCCUAAAUAACAAAGACGUUGACGAAACGGGGAACCACCAGCAUAGGGCUCAAGCUGGAUAGCUCAGUUGGUAGAGCACCGUAACGGCAGUCUUGAGGUUGUAGGUUUUUAAACCCACUCCAGUAAAUUUCUUUGUUCAACUAAAAAAAUAUGUGUACAAAAACUUUUUUAAGAAUACCAUUUAGUGUGUGGUCACAAUUGUGGUGGUGUCACCACCAGAGGGCAUUGGUGCACACAUACCGGUAAGUGGCACAUGCGUAAAGAUUUCACAUGCGUUGAGUGGUUAUACUCAUUGGUCGGCAGAAGUCAAGCAAGUGGACAAAAUCCAGAAUAGACUUGACCUCAGUCUUACAAGUAGUCCAUUUUGGGAAGACAACCUUUUAUUCAUGUUUGAAUUCCCCCUUACGAGACUUCUCGAGGGUUUCUCAUGGAUUUUUUUUGUCUUUGGAGGAUUUGUUGAGGAUUUUGAAAAGAAAAUGGGUGUGUUAUCAAAAUCUGAGCAUAUUAUUUGCUAUUAAAUAGAAGAUACAAAUGUACAAAUUGAAAAAAAAGUUUCCAUUUUAGACCUAAACCUCAGGGACUGAUUAUGGACGCUGUCUCGGUGAAGGUUAAGCUUUUUUUAAGGACCCUUCUAUUGUUUACACGAAAGGAUGUGACAUUUACACAUUUAAAGGUAGGGUUAGGGUACAUCAUUUGUCAUUUGUGCAUCUUUUUUCAUUUGAAGCAACAAAAGUGCUCAAAAUCUAAAGACGGGUGCUUAACAGCUAACCUGAUGAAGUUUUAGCUCUGUGAAUGCUGUACAUUCGGAGAAAACAAGAUUCUAGGGACUCGUUUUCAAUUCAAAAUUUGCCUAGUCACGUUUUGAAUUGCGCCCGAAAUCAGCGUCCGGGACACGCUCUCAUUCAGCCGAUUGCAGCUACGCGAUGUCAUGCGCUGUACUGAUGAAUAAUACAAACAGUGUGUGCGCGUGCAUCGUAUCAACGCUCGAGCGCACCCAGUUACAGAUGUGCUGAAUUACAAACAAUGGACAUUUCUAACGAUGCGUCACUUGACGCAUUGUUGGAAAGGCCUUCUUGCAUUGUUUUCUUCAAAAUGACAGCAUGCCAGAAAGAAUAAUUUCACAGGGAGUUUAGUGCCAUUACUAUCUUCAAACCUUUCCGUCAAUAAUUUCGUCAUUAACUUUUUGGAUAGCUGCAAAUGAUAUACAUGUGCUCUGCCUUUAAAAAAUAAAUUCUAUUUCCGUUUAUAAACUUUCCAAAUAUUUAAAUGAAACCUGCAUUUAAAAAAGUGUCAUUAUGCUUACUCGAUCUGCCCUCGAAGUUGCACAGGUAUAUUAAGGCCCCCCAAAAAAGUCUCCGGUUUCUGGUAUGGAGCUUGCCCAAAAAGUGGUGCGGCGACGCAGCUUUUUUUUUUUUUUUUACUUGCCUGUUUUUUUUUGCUUCAAAUGUCGGCUGAUGACUGCAAAUGGUGCCCGAAUAAACUUGUGCAAAUAUACUGGGAGUCCAGAGAGGACACAUAAAGCUUAUUCUCGAUCAUAACCCCAUCUAAAAACACGUUAAAACUGUGCAGCAGCAGGAUUCCAGUCAAACCAGUGAGUUUGGCGGUUUUGAGACAUCAUCUUUUAUUGAAAAAAAACUUUUUCAUUUUGCCGACGCGCAUGGCUACGGCGACGCGCGCACAUACCAGAAACCGGAGACUUUUUUGGGGGGGCCUAAUGAAGGAUUGCUUUAAAUCCUUCUAAUUUACAAAGCAUUAAUUAGAAGCAUCUCAGUACGUCAUCACAUUCUGGUCCGUUAAGUUUUUAUUCAUUUUCAUUGACUGCCAACUGUCCAGUGUGUCAAUUAUAAACAAUGUUAACAAUUGAUUGUGUUUUAUGUUUUGAAUACAUGCGGCUGGCCCAAGAUCGACACUCAUUGUGCGCAAGCUAAUACGAAUAAAAUUACAAUUUUUUUAAAACACGCCCGAGUGCGAGUGUAAACAUACCACGGCGGUCGUCAGCCUUUGUGAAGUGGUUUAAACGUUUAAACAGUGCUUAAACGGUUUGUGAAAUAUUUACAAUAUUAAUUGCAAAGUCCCAUGCUUUGCUUGCAAGGAUACCGCGUUGAGAUUGACACGGAAGAAAAUAGACAGCAAAUGGAACACACACAGCUGUGUAUCGGAUGAUAUGCAAAGCAGGGACCUCGUUAAAUUCGCAUGCAUUCAUUUGCUUGUAAGCCACACAUGUUCUCAUUAAAAAAAAAAAAAAAAAAGCCUGAUCUUUAAUUCAUUGCAACACUGCCG